AUGAAAUUAUUUAUUUGUUUAUUGUUUUUGACAGUUUUGGCAAUUGCAAAUGCAGAUUUAGGUAUUGAUGUUUCAUCUUCAACUUCAACCAGAAUCACAAGUUCACAAUGGUCUUGUCUAGCUCAGAAGAAUCAACGUGUAAUCAUCCAAGUGUGGGCAGGUGGAUACGGUUUGAACAAUGGUGUCGUUGGUGCCAUCCAAGCUGCUCAAAGUGCAGGUUUCCAAACUAUUGAUCUUUAUGCAUUUUUAUGUAAUCAAUGUUCCGGUAAUUCACCAUCGUCCAAUGUCAUCCAAGAGAUUGUUAGUCAUUUGAAACAAAGUGGUACCAAUUUUGGUACUCUUUGGAUCGAUGUUGAACAAUGUAACGGUUGUUGGGGAAGCACCAGUGCCAACGCUGCCUUCGUUGUCGAGGCUGUCCAGACCGCCGCUUCUUUGGGUGUCAGAGUCGGUGUUUACUCAUCGCUCGGUGAAUGGCCAGAAACCGUCGGUUCACUCACAUCACUCUCUUCCUAUCCACAGUGGUACGCUCACUACGAUGGUGUAGCUGCCUUCACCGAUACCAAAUCCUACCAAUACGGUGGUUGGAACAACCCAGAGAUGAAGCAAUACGUUGGUAACACCAACCAAUGUGGUGUCUCUGUCGAUCUCGAUUACUUUGACGGAUCAGCAUCAAGCGGUUCAAGUUCAUCGGGUUCCACCAGCUCAGGUUCUGGUAGUACCUCUGGUUCUGGAUCAUCAUCAGCAUCAUCAGGUUCCGGAUCUGGUACCACCUCCUCAGGAAGUGGAUCAUCAUCAGCAUCAUCUGGUUCCGGAUCAGCUACUACCUCUGCCUCUGGAUCGGGUAGUGGAUCGUCAGCCUCAUCUGGUUCAGGAUCAUCCACCUCUGCUUCAAGCGGUUCAGCAUCUGGUUCAGGAAGUGGAUCAGGUUCAGGAUCUACCACCCACAGAGAGCCAGAAUUCCAAACCAUGCUCGGUGGUUCAGCCGGAUCAGGUGAAGCCAAACCAAAGGAGCCACAAUUCAACACAAUGUUGGGUGGUUCAGCCGGAUCAGGAGAAGUCAAACCAAAUGAGCCAAAAUUUAACACAAUGCUUGGAGGUUCAGCCGGAUCAGGUGAAGUCAAACCAAAUGAGCCAAAAUUCAACACAAUGCUUGGAGGUUCAGCAGGUUCAGGAGAAGUCAAACCAAAAGAACCACAAUUUAACACAAUGUUAGGUGGUUCAGCUGGUUCAGGAGAAGUCAAGUUCAACACUAUGCUCGGUACUGCCGCAAGCUCUGGUCCAGGAUCAGGAUCGGGAUCCGGUUCAGACAAUAGCCACGCCUCUUCAGGUCCAGGAUCAUCCGGUUCCUCAGGUCCAGGAUCUGGAUCUGGAUCGGCUUCGGGUUCAGGUUCAGGUGCCUCCUCGGCUAUGCCUCACAGACCAACUGUUACACACACAACCAGUGUAUCAAGCGCACAACCACACGCACCAGCAACUAUCACCUCGUCAUCAUCAUCGUCAUCAUCGAGUGCACAACCACAUUCAUCGGUCUCCGGUCGUUAUAACAUGCCACACAGACCAACCUCUUCACAUACCACCAGUGUAUCGAGCGCACAACCACACGCACCAGCUACCAUCAUGUCCUCAUCAGGAUCAGGUUCAUCUGCACAACCACAUUCAUCGAUUUCCGGAAAUAACUAA